AUGGCUAUUCCAACAAUAGAACAAUGGAUGGAACGGAUGGAGGAGAUAUAUGGUGCAGAAUCAACACAGGCCACCCUACUGGGUCUUGAGGACAAACACGUGGAGCGCUGGCGCCCAUGGCUGCUCUAUAUAGCAGAUCGGAACGCAGACAGGAAUGAACCCCAGUGGACCCAAGGAACGCUACACCCCCUCCUGGAUGGAGAAUGA